AUGACGCCAUCCCUGUACACAGCGCCACUGAACCUGAACUUGAAUGAACCUGAACCUGAAUUGGAUGUCAACAUCAACAUGGAUGUCGACCUGUUUGCUCAUCAUUUCCCCUUUUACUAA